AUGGGACAAGGACCAUCGGGAAUGCCUGGAGGAAACAACCUCAACAAAAAGAAGGAUGAUAAGAAGAAAGAAAAGCCAAAGUACGAACCGCCAGUGGAGUCAAGGUUCGGUAAAAAGAGAAGAAAAGGUCCCGAUACCGCAGUGAAAUUACCUAGCGUAUACCCAAAUACCCGUUGUAAAUUGAGGUUAUUGAAAUUGGAGAGAAUAAAGGACCAUUUGCUUUUGGAGGAGGAGCUAGUGUUGAAUCAAGAGGCAUUCCAGCCAACGGAGGCGAGACAGGCGGAGGAAAGAGAAAAGAUUGACGAAUUAAGAGGGUACCCCAUGGCAAUUGGAACAUUGGAAGAGAUUAUUGAUGACGACCAUGCUAUUGUUUCCAGUACCGCUAGUUCCGAAUACUACGUUUCCAUCAUGUCUUUUGUGGAUAAAGGAUUGUUGGAACCAGGGUGUUCAGUGCUCUUGCAUCACAAGACAGUCGCGGUUGUGGGUGUAUUACAAGAUGACGCUGACCCAAUGGUUUCGGUUAUGAAGCUUGACAAGUCACCAACUGAGUCUUAUGCCGACAUCGGAGGGUUGGAGUCGCAGAUUCAAGAGAUUAAAGAAGCAGUUGAGUUGCCAUUGACACACCCGGAACUAUACGAAGAAAUGGGUAUCAAGCCACCAAAAGGUGUCAUAUUGUACGGUGCACCAGGUACAGGUAAGACAUUGCUAGCCAAGGCAGUUGCAAACUCAACCUCGGCAACAUUUUUGAGGAUAGUAGGGUCUGAAUUGAUUCAAAAGUAUCUUGGUGAUGGACCCAGAUUGGUGCGUCAGAUUUUCCAAAUUGCAGCAGACCACGCGCCUUCCAUUGUAUUUAUAGAUGAGAUUGAUGCAAUUGGAACCAAACGUUAUGAGUCUACAUCUGGUGGUGAGAGGGAGAUUCAAAGAACAAUGUUGGAGUUGUUGAACCAAUUGGAUGGAUUCGAUGAUAGAGGUGACAUUAAGGUGAUCAUGGCAACAAACAAGAUAGAAAGUCUUGAUCCAGCAUUGAUCAGACCAGGUAGAAUUGAUAGGAAAAUUCUUUUUGAAAACCCUGAUUCCAAUACAAAGAAGAAAAUCUUGACGAUCCAUACAUCAAAGAUGAACUUGGCUCCUGAUGUCAAUUUGGAUGAGAUUGUCACUGGGAAAGAUGAUUUGUCUGGUGCCGAUAUCAAAGCUAUAUGUACCGAAGCAGGGUUGUUGGCAUUGAGAGAAAGACGUAUGCAAGUUAAGGCCGAUGAUUUCAAACAAGCUAAAGAAAGGGUCUUGAAAAACAAAGUCGAAGAGAAUCUCGAAGGUUUGUACUUGUAG